AUGGGGGUUACCAUCACUUUUCUACCAGAACAAAACUGUGAAAUGAAAAUGAAGAGUUCAACGAUUCAACUUAUCAAAGACCACCUCGUCGGUAUUCGAGCGGGUUUUAUGCUGGCGUGGCUGCUUUACAGCUACUUGAUCUUUCGGGAAGAUCCAGAGAAUAGAUACAAGGGACAAUACUACUUUGACUACGUUUCCAACGCGAACGAGUUCUGCUGCGCUGUGUGGGCCGUCCUCACCCUCUUUUCCCGACAUUCUACGAACAAGCGCCUUCUUUUUUGGGAAAAGUGGCUUUCUGCUCAAACAGCGACCGGUUCCUGGCUCAUCGCUCUCGUCUACUGGGUGAUGAUGGAAACGACUGAUACGCACUUUCACAGCUUUUGGCAGCAUGGCCUUCUUGGUGUCGUUACAUCCAUGGAUUUCCUAUCAAGAGAACCAUUUGCUUACAAGUGGAUUCUUGCACCGGUCCUUUACUGUGGCCUCAACGUUCUCUACCUCUUCUCGAUCGCCAACUUGUGGCCCGAGUACCGAAGCACAAUGUACUCCUUCACCGAUUACGGGCCUCUCGGCAGCGAGCAAAUGUGGGGAGUUCUCAAGCUUCAAUCUGCACUUACGUUUUUGAUUCAACCCUCGAUUUUCUCAGCCUUGUGGACGCUUCAGCACAUUAUCAGUGCAAUUCGAAGACGAAUGAAGAAAGAAGAUUAUGUGAUGACAAGCGACAGCGAACAAGAACUCAUCAAGACGAUGGACGAAGCGAAGAGACUUGAAAGGAACCGAAAGAAUCGUCUGCGAUACUGGACAAAAAAACUGACGCCUGAGCUUGGAGCUGGUCACUAUGAAGGUGAUGAAGGCUGGCCUGAUAUCGAAGCGUAUGGAUGGAGAGUCAGAUUUGUCGGCUCUUGCAUAGACUUGGAAACUCAUGAACUCCUUGGCGAUGGAUUUCAUCACUUUUUCCUCGAGAAACUCGAUGGAGGUCCAAAAAUCAAAGUCGAGGCAACUGAAUACUGGUGGUACUACGAUUUUGUCACGGGGUCGCAGAAGACGAAGAUCUCUGAGAAUGGGAUAGUUGAAAUGAAAUUGAAGCGAACAGUUCGAAACGCCUACAUUGUGGUCAACAUCACGAUUUUGCCGAAAGAUUCACCAGAAAAGCUGACCGAAGAUUCUUCGGAUGAAGAACCCGACCAUGAAGCUGCCAUCGAGGAUCGUGGAAUUUACCGAUGA